GACACACCUUGGGAUGAUAAUGCCAACGCCAACAUUGUGCGAGAGACGGAGUGGUCCAACAUCUCCAACGAGUUUACAAAUGCUGGUUAUCGUGAAGGGAUCGUAGCAGGAAAGGAGUCUACAUUGCAAGAAGGUUUUGAUGCAGGCUUUGCCAGCGUCGGGGUCCCCCUUGGACGUAAACUUGGCAAUCUGCGUGGCGUUAUCUCUGCAGUACUCUCGGUUCUCGGUUCCCAACCAGACAGUCAACCAUCUGCCGAUUUACUCAUUGAGGCUCGCGAGAUCGCUGCUGCACUGGCCAAUAUUCGCUUCUCCGAUAUCGCACCUCCUGACCUGGAAGCCGAACAGCAUGCCCGAGAACACCUCGAUAAAGAUGACCUGCCAUUGGGUGCUGGUGAAGAAUCAGAACAAAAGAGAAAGCUUGAGAGCUUGGAGGACAUGAUGCAGAAUAUGGGGGCGGGUAAUCCGAAAGACAGACCUACGGCAGCAGAUGUCACAAGAUUGGAGGCGAGACUAGACAGUUUGGGAUCAAAACUCGGUUUG